CGGCCCCGCCGCCGCCUCACAGGCAACAGGUCGCCGGAGCGUCCCGGCCCGGUCCCGGUCCCGGUCCCGGUCCCGCCGCCCCGGCCCGGCCAUGCCGCUGCGGCUGGCGCUCUGCCUGCUCGCCCUCUGCAGCCCCGCCGCCGCCGCGCACGGUGGGAUCUGCUGGCUGCAGCAGGGGAAGGAGGCCAAGUGCACCAUGAUCCUGAAGACGGGAGUGACGUGGGAGGAAUGCUGUGCCAAUGGCAAUGUGGACGUCGCCUGGUCUAACUACACCUACCCAGGCAACAAGAUCAGCUUGCUGGGCUUCCUGGGGCUGGUGACCUGCCACCCCUGCAAAGAGAGCUGCGAGGGGGUGGUGUGCGGCCCCGACAAGGUCUGCAAGAUGAAGCACGGGCGUCCCCAGUGUGCCUGUGCCCCCGACUGCUCCAGCCUGCCCCGCAAGCUGCAGGUUUGCGGCUCCGACGGCUACACCUACCGCGACGAGUGCGACCUCCUGACAGCCAAGUGCAGGGACCACCCCGACCUCGAAGUCAUGUACCAGGGCAAAUGCAAAAAGUCCUGCUCCAGCGUGGUGUGCCCCGGCACCCACACCUGCGUGGUGGACCAGACGGGCAGCGCCCACUGCGUGAUGUGCCGGACGGCGCCUUGCCCCGAGCCCACCAGCCUGGACCAUGCCCUCUGCGGCAACAACAACAUCACCUACCCCUCGGCUUGCCACCUCCGGCGGGCCACUUGCCACCGCGGCCGCUCCAUCGGCGUGCGCCACUACGGGAGCUGCUCGGCUGCGGCCAAAUUCUCUGCGGAGACGGACAACGUGGAAGAGAACUACGUGUGAAUCCUCCCUCGCCACCGGACCCGGGAGACAGGGGCAUUAUGUGUAUAUUGUACAAACCAUAUACCUGAUAUUUAUUAAGAUAAAACCUUCCUUUAUUUA